AGCAGCUCCCGGCCUCACAGCAGGGACCCCGCUCUCCCCCACCCCAGCACCCCCCCUGCCCCUGCCCUCCUCACCCCACAUCCCCGGGGAGGAGGACGGUGCCGGGGUUGCGUUGAAGCUGGGGGCUGGCUGCCCACCCGUGGAUGGUGCCCUGGGAUCCCUUCCCAGACAGCAAAGGAACCGCUGUUGGUGACAGCAUCGGGACAGAGAAGGAUGUUCUAAGGCCUCUGUCCCCCUCCCCGAGGCCCGAUGCCCACCCGUGAGCCCAAUUGCACCUGCGGCCGCGGGCCCAGCGUGGCACAGGGGAAGUGGUACGGGGUCCGCUCCUACCUCCACCUCUUCUACGAGGACUGCGCUGGGGCCAGCCCUGAUGGGGACAGGGAUGGGUCCUCACAUCAUGGAGCCUGGGCCCCCCUUAUCUGGAAGGUGAGCCUCUCCACGGGGACCCUGUUCCUGCUUGUGGGGGCCGCCGCACUGGCUACGGGCUCCCUGGUGCCCCCCAAGCUGGAAGGGAUCAGGGAGGAGGAGUUCGUGGUGCUGGACGUGCAGGCGGUGCGGUACAACCACGCGCUGGGGACGUGCCGGCUGGUGGGCACGGCGCUGUGCGCGGCGGCCGGGGCACUGGGCGCCAUCGGGCUCCUCUCCUGCGCGCUGGCCCCGCGCCGCCUCCAGGAAGAGGAGCAGCAGCUCUCACCCAUCCUGCGUGGCAGCCCCCCAUUGUGCACCCCCACCACCUUCACCCCCCUGGGGACAGCGGUGCCCUUCGGCAUCUCCCACCUUCACGGCGUCCAGCCCCGCCGGGACACCUGAUGCCCAACACGGGGUCAAGCUGUGCUGCACACUGGGAGCUGGCUGGACCACCUGGACCUGGUUUGUGGCAAGCAUCUGGCUCAGCCCUGGCGUGGCCACCACGUCCCACUGUCCCCCACAGCCCCACUUCUGCAGCUGCUGCCACUCAGUAAAGACGCCAUGGAUCCCUUUGCCGGUGGCUCAGUGGCUGUUGCUGUGUCUGUGUCAGAAACCCCGCGAGGGUUUGUCACGGUGGCCACCGCCAGCAGCACCUCACUUGUUGUGUAAUCGGAUCAGAACCGGGGAAUGAAACCAUUUGGGCCCAGUUUCCCUGCGGGAGGUGGCUGAGGCCAUCGCUGGUGGCUGAGCACAGCGGUGGGCACCCAGGGGACACGUGGCUCUGUGUGCCCUCUCCUGCCAGCCCAGCGCAGCCCCGUGCACCACCUGCCCUGGCCACCAACAUCUCAGCUCCCCUGAGACACCCCGGGGUGCUGCUGUGUCUCAGUGGGAGGGUCCUCGCUGUGUGUUGGGCCGUGCUUGGAGACCAGCAUCACUCUGGGAGCAGGGACCACCUGGAGUUGUCCCUGCCACUCGCCCAGGGGCUGCCCACGCUCCCCGGUGCUAUAAGGCUCCUGUCCCAUGUCUCCCCGAGGCCAGGACCCUCCAGGGCCUUGCAUCCCUCCCCCAGAAAUAGGGAGGCGUUGUGCAGCACACCCAGCAUCCCUGGUGUGCAGGAACCCGGGGGUACCCACCCACUGCUGGCACAAGCCAGCUGUAGUGGGCACCAUGGGGGUGCCAGGGCCCCAAACUCUGCCUCCCAUUCCUCCAGUUUGGCCCUGUGUCCUCAAGAAAGCCGAGCGAGCAGCUCAGCCUUAGCCUGGCACACUGGCUUGUCCCCACGCUGCCUUCUGCAGCAGCAGGACCAGAGCAUGACCAUGCCAUGGAUGAGCUGGUGGCAUCUGGCAGCUCCUCCGGUCACCCUGGGCCAGACCUGAUAACACCAGCCAGGCUCAGGGGCAGCAGGGCAGGAGCAGCCAUCCCCUUGGCCAGGGACCAGGGUGGAGAGUGGGAGAAGGGCCUGUCUCCAUGCCUUUGUGGGGUGCUGGGGUCAUGCACAGGGAGGUGGGCAGGGUGGCAGAGCAGGCAGGGGGAGGGAGGAAGAGGAGCUGGGCCAGGCCGGGAUGUUGCAACUGGGCUCACAGUGGCAUCAGCCACAGCAGGGAGUGACCUGAUGGGACAGGAGCUGGUGGCUGUGUAGCUCAGCCUGGAUCCAGCCCAGGAGGAAGCACAUGGAGGAGCGUCAGGACAGCCCUGAGCCGGCAGGGCCAAAACCCCACAGCCCCGUGUGCCACCCCUGUGUGCGGUGACCCCAGAUUGCCGGCCACGGUGGCCACCAGGCUGUACAUCCUGCUGGAGCUGUGCCCAGCCCGUGCCAGGCUGCACCCACGCUGCAGCACCUGGGAGGCACCUGGGUAUUCGCACACAGCACCCUUUCCCUGUUUUUGCUCUUUUGGGGUAAAUAAAAGAUG